CCUAGAACGACUUCCGGCGGGAGCUGUGCAGCUCCUUAUCAUGGGGACAAUUCAUCUCUUUCGAAAACCACAAAGAUCGUUUUUUGGCAAGUUGUUACGAGAAUUUAGACUUGUAGCAGCUGACCGAAGGUCCUGGAAGAUAAUGCUCUUUGGUGUAAUAAACUUGGUAUGUACUGGCUUCCUGCUUAUGUGGUGCAGUUCUACUAAUAGUAUAGCUUUAACUGCCUAUACUUAUCUGACGAUUUUUGAUCUUUUUAGUUUAAUGACAUGUUUAAUAAGUUACUGGGUAACAAUGAGGAAACCUAGCCCUGUCUAUUCAUUUGGAUUUGAAAGAUUAGAAGUCCUGGCUGUAUUUGCCUCCACAGUCUUGGCACAGUUGGGAGCUCUCUUUAUAUUAAAAGAAAGUGCAGAACGCUUUUUGGAGCAGCCUGAGAUACACACGGGAAGAUUACUAGUUGGUACUUUUGUGGCCCUUUCUUUCAACCUGUUCACGAUGCUUUCUAUUCGGAAUAAACCUUUUGCUUAUGUCUCAGAAGCUGCUAGUACGAGCUGGCUUCAAGAGCACGUUGCAGAUCUUAGUCGAAGCUUGUGUGGAAUUAUUCCAGGACUUAGCAGUAUCUUCCUUCCCCGAAUGAAUCCAUUUGUUUUGAUUGAUCUUGCUGGAGCAUUUGCUCUUUGUAUUACUUACAUGCUCAUUGAAAUUAAUAAUUAUUUUGCUGUAGACACUGCCUCUGCAAUAGCCAUUGCCUUGAUGACGUUUGGCACUAUGUAUCCCAUGAGUGUGUACAGUGGAAAAGUCUUACUCCAGACAACACCACCUCAUGUUAUUGGUCAGUUGGACAAACUUAUCAGAGAGGUAUCUACCUUGGAUGGAGUUUUAGAAGUCCGAAAUGAACAUUUUUGGACCCUAGGUUUUGGCUCAUUGGCUGGAUCAGUGCAUGUAAGAAUUCGACGAGAUGCAAAUGAACAAAUGGUUCUUGCUCAUGUGACCAACAGACUGUACACUCUGGUGUCUACUCUGACUGUUCAAAUUUUCAAGGAUGACUGGAUUAGGCCUGCCUUAUUGUCUGGGCCUGUUGCAGCCAAUGUCCUCAAUUUUUCAGAUCAUCACAUAAUCCCAAUGCCUCUUUUAAAGGGUACUGAUGAUUUGAACCCAGUUACAUCAACUCCUGCUAAACCUAGUAGUCCACCUCCAGAAUUUUCAUUUAACACUCCUGGGAAAAAUGUGAACCCAGUUAUUCUUCUGAACACACAAACAAGGCCUUAUGGUUUUGGUCUUAAUCAUGGACACACACCUUAUAGCAGCAUGCUUAAUCAAGGACUUAGAGUUCCAGGAAUUGGAGCAACUCAAGGAUUGAGGACUGGUUUUACAAAUAUACCAAGUAGAUAUGGAACUAAUAAUAGAAUUGGACAACCAAGACCAUGAUGGACUCUUACUUAUUUUUAUGAGGAAUAUUGACUCUGUGGCUUCCAAUUUAUUUAGUAAUACAACUUUGCAUUGACUGUUUAAUCAUUUACUCUAGAUGUUAGAUAACAGUAAGCUUGUUCACAUUUCAUGAAACCUAUGAAACUAUAUUUUUGUAAAAUGUACUUGUGACAGUGAAAUCCUCGUAAAUGUUAAAGCCUUUAAAUAGGCUUCCUUUAGAAAUGUGUUUCUUUAAAUUUGGAUUUUGGUAUCUUUGGUUUUGUAGUUGACUGCAGUGUGAUACGAUCUUACCUUUGUAAAAGCCACUUGAUGGAGUGAACCUGUCACAUUACUAAGAAUACAGUAUCUCUUUUUUUUUUUUUUUCCCCCUGAGACGAGUCUUGCUCUACAUUGUGCCCGGCCAAUCCAUUAUUAUUAAUUUAAGGUGAUAGUUUAUUAAGGUUUCCUUAGUUUUUGUUUAAUUUUUUGAGAUGGAGUCUCACUCUAUCACCCAGGCUGGAGUGCAGUGGUGCCAUCUGGGCUCACUGCACCCUCCGCCUUCCAGGUUCAAAUGAUUCCCCUGCCUCAGCUUCCCGAGUAGCUGUGAUUACAGGUGCCUGCCACCAUGCCUGGCUAAUUUUUAUAUUUUUAGUAGAGAUGGGGGGUUUUACCAUGUUGGCCAAGCUGGUCUCAAACUCCUGACCUUGUGAUCCACACACCUUAGCCUCCCAAAGUGCUGGGAUUGGGUGUGAGCCCAUCGCACCUGGCUAUUUUCUUUAGUGAAAUUUAUGAACGUGCUUCUUGACUAAUACACAUUUUGGGAAAGGGAAAAAUGUCUAUUCAAAAUGUAGAAGUCUCUUUUAUAGCUUUUCCAAACUUAAUUGCUACAUUUUUCUUUGAGGUUCUCCUGAAUUAUGUCUUGUAAACUAAAAGCAAAUUUUUUAGCAGCAAUUUUGGAAUACAGUCUAUGUAGCACAAUUUGAAUUUUUUAAUCAUCAAGGUUUUUGUUGAAGUUUCUCUCAUUUAAAAAUUUCGGUAUAUUUGUAAAUAGUCCAUGGCUAUCAGUGUUUUAUUUCAAUUAAGUGACACCCAGUGUUUGGUGAUAUGCAGUGAAAGAAUCCCAAUUUUCUGUAUUACAUUUAAUCAAAUACUGACAUAAUGAAUUUAUCUUUUCUG